AUGGAGUUCCUGCAGAGUCUGCCCUGUCCGACAAUUGAUCGGCCGUUUGGCAUUCACCUAUGGCCUAUCUUCGACAAGGCCUUCGAAACGGUGGUGGGCUAUCCCGCCAGCGAGUUCCGCUUCGAAGAAGGUGUCACGCCCAUGUCUACUUUCAAGGAAACCGCAGUGGCCCUCGUUGCCUACUAUGUCAUCGUCUUCGGUGGCCGUGAGUUCAUGAAGAACCGUCCUGCUUUCAAGCUCAACACGCUGUUCAUGAUCCACAACCUCUACCUCACCCUGAUCAGCGGAACUCUCUUGGCUCUCUUCAUUGAGCAGCUUCUCCCCACUCUCUGGAGACGCGGUAUCUUCUUUGCUAUCUGCGAGCACGAGGGUGGAUGGACUCAGCCUCUGAUUGUCCUGUACUAUCUCAACUACUUGACCAAGUACCUCGAACUCCUGGAUACCGUCUUCCUGUUCCUCAAGAAGAAGCCUCUUACUUUCCUUCACACCUACCACCAUGGCGCUACCGCUCUCCUCUGCUACACUCAGCUCAUCGGUCUGACGGCGGUGCAAUGGGUCGUCAUUGAUAUCAACCUGCUGGUGCACGUGGUCAUGUACUGGUACUACUUCCAGAGUGCCCGUGGUAUCCGUAUCUGGUGGAAGGAGUGGAUCACUCGUCUCCAGAUCAUCCAGUUCGUCAUCGAUCUUGGUUUCGUCUACUUCGCGUCCUACACCUACUUCUCCUCUACCUACUUCCCCUGGGCUCCCAACAUGGGCCAGUGUGCUGGUGAGGAAUUCGCUGCCUUCUCCGGAAUGGCCGUUAUCAGCUCCUACCUCUUCCUCUUCAUCUCCUUCUACAUCGCCACCUACAAGAAGGCUGCCAAGACUGGACGUCCUCGCCGCAACACCGGCAAGCAGGCUGUUAUCGACAUGGCCAAGUUCGAGGUGUCUUCGCCGUCCUCGGACGCCAAGGGCAACGCCAAGUCGAACGGAGCCGUGUCGACCGGCCGCGCCAAUGGCCCGGUUACCCGCUCCCGCAAGGCUUAA